UACUUUGUUGAUGUCUAUGGGCUCUGAUAACCACUUAACAACAGGUGGACCGUGAGUUCGUCCACCCAUUGUGGGACACCUCUUAUAUCAAUUCCAUUGAGCGAAUUAAAAAGUAUUUUUAAUUUAUCGACGAUUCCCAGACAGGACGAGGAGAUGCGCGAGGUGAUAGGGGACGCGGCGCCCGAGCAGGACGAGCACACCGCGCGCGUCACCGCCGAGCUGGAGCAGCGCCUCCUGCAGCUCGACGCCGCCGCGCGGCAGCUGCGGGCGGAGUGCCGCGAGAACGCCAAGACGCUCGACGCCGCCGAGGCAGAGCUCAUCAAGCAGAUGGAGGGCAGCGACGCGCACUGGGACGUCAGCAACCUGUUCGGCCCCGGAGCUACACCCCUGGCCACUGCCGCCGCCGCCGACGAUAACGACGCGCCGCGACGAGACCAAGAGGACUAUUACUUAGCGAAGUUCCGGGCCUACGUGUCGUGCGCCGGCCGCCUGGCGCGCCUGGAGUGCAAGGCGGGGGUGGCCCGCGCGCGCCUGGGGGCCGGUGGGGGCGCGGGCGGGGUG